AUGGCUGCCGUGCUGAAGGCCACCUACCGUGCUGAAGUUCGCCGCUGCCUGCUGGACAAGGACGACCUGUGCUUUCAAGGCCUCUCGCGCCGGGUCUCCGAGCUUUUCCCGGAGCUGCCACAGUACACCGCCAAGUACACGGAUGAGGAGGGUGACGUCUGCACUCUCUGCGAAGCCUCCUUCGCUGACUUCCUGCAGGUUUCCACGCAGACGAAGAGCGCCUCUGGAAAUAUGCCUGGUAAUGACACCAAGGUUAUCCUAAAGUUGGAGCUCCAGGCGGUUGGCACCGCAGCUGUGCCGCCCAAGCCCACCAUCGCGAGCGCCGCCAAGGCAACGGCCGCCAGCCAGCCGGAUCUGGAGAUCAUGUCUGGUGCGCCUGCAACCGCUGUCCCUACGAAGGAGGAUCCCAAACCGGAAGUCGCCUCUGCGCCAGCUGCAGACGUCUGCACGGACGAGGACAUGGGCCGUCCGGACAAGGAGGACCAGGCUUCCGGCCCCAGCACCAUCGGUCAGAUCCUGUCUCCGAUGGUCCUGGCCAGCGUUGCGGUGUGCCACUUGCCACAGGCUAUGGCUGCUGUGGGAGAGCACGAGCCCGUGGAGAUCGGCGAGGCUGUGUGUGACGCACUCAGCCAUGCGCCUCCUCUAAAGGACGCGCUGCGCGACCUGCGCGAGCUGCUUCCCUCCGCCGGCCUCGAGCACGUGGUGCCGGCCCUCGACGCCCUCCUGGCGGACCCGACGCCAGAGACCGCCGGGCACCUCGUGCUCUCGUUGGUGACUGGCCUCGACUUGCUACCCUUCGAAGACCAGCACAAGCUGUUAACUUCAUUCUUCGCAUCGCGACACCGCGAGCUGAUCCGGCUCCUGGAGGACAUGGCCCCCUCCUGCAUGAUCGAAGGCGCUCUCACGCACCAGGCCGUCUGUGACGGCUGCGAGGCCUCGCCGCUGAAGGGCCCACGGUUCAAGUGCACGAGCCGCCCGGACUUCGACCUUUGUGGUACCUGCUAUGCCCGCAAGCGCGAGAUCCUUGGCACGGAGGGAGGGGACGACUUCGAGUGCAUCUUGUCGGGUAUGAUGCCCUUUGGCCUCGGGAGCCUGCUCUCCGGCAUGAAGGGCAAAGGGAAGGGCAAGGGCAAGGGAUGCAAGGGCAAGGGCAAGAUGGGCCUCCCCGGCUUCCUUCAGGACAUCAGCCAGCACCCGCUGGCAGGCCUUCUCCAGCAGCGCUUUGCCGCAGCGGCCGAUCGCGUGGGCAAAGCCGCCGAUCGUGCGGGCAUGAAUACCGGAGCUGGUGGCACGGAGAAUCCGCUCGCCGGCAUUGCUGGACUUCUGGGCGAGCUGGCUGGCAAGGGUGGCAACCGUGGCAACCAGGACCAGGCGAAUCCCUUGGCUGGCCUUGCCGGCUUGUUCGGCCAAAACAGCCAGAAUGGCGAGAAUCCUUUGGCCGGUCUCGCAGGGUUGUUUGGUGGCAAGGGCCAGUGCCAGGGUGCGGGCCCAGACCCCCAAAGUGAGAACCCCUGGGCUGGCCUCGCUGGGCUGCUCGGUGGCCUCGGCAAGGCCACAGGCAAAGGCUGCGCCAACCCAAGCGGCACUUCACCGAUGCAGGCGGAAUCUUGUGGGUCUUGCGGCUACGAGCAGCCCACGGCUUCAGCGCCUGCACCGACGGAGGCCGAGCCGUCUGCCCCUCCCAUGGACCAGUGCAACGAGAUUGACGCACCCACCUCGAAGGUGCCGACAGUUGAGGUCCCCAAGCCUGCGGCCAAGCCAGCGGAGGACAUGUCCUGCGAGGUGAAGGAGCCGGGCCUCCGAUACUCCUUCCCCGUCCAGGUCGAUGAUGGCCGCAACCUCCAGAUCACCUGGAAGUCAUCUGAGGACCGGGAGCAGGUGGCCAAGGAGUUCAUCGCGAAGUACCGGCUGCCGGGGGAUCAGGUGGGCGACGUAGUCGCGUUCAUGCAGCAUGCAGAGUCGCUGAGCGCCCCCAGCUCAAGCAACGCAGCAUCCAGCUGGGAAGAAGCGCCAGGGGUUGAGGCCCCCCCGACCUACGCGGAGCAGAUCGCGCAGAUCCAAGAUCAGGGCUUCACCGUCGAUGUGGAGGAGCUUCGAAACCUCCUUGCUGCCUUUGGGGGCAGCGUGGAGAAGGUGGUGGCAGCGUCCUCGGCGGGCCGCAUGGACACGGUGUUCUUUGAGCUGGCCACGCUGGAUCAUUACGAAUUGGCGUCAAUCAACGAUUCUGUCUGUGGAAUCGCCUUGACAUUGCAAAGACCUGCUGUGGGUCUGGAUACUCGAGCUGGCUAG